GCGGGAAGUCCGGAAGUCAUUUCUUCACCAAAGGAACAACAACAUCGGCGGGCUAAAUUUGAAAAAAUUAUUUGUCGAAAAUUGCUACAUAUUUUCCAAGGUUGACCCCACCACUCUUACGAAUGAAUCCGUGGGACAUUGCUCCUUAUUCAGUGACACCAGUUGCAAGUCUUUUGACCAGGUGCGUCGCCUCGGGUGUUCUUUCCCAGGAGGAUGUUGAUUCUGUCCCUAGAGAACCCCAUGUAUUUUCCCCACAUCUCCUGGAAGCUGAACAGCUCAUCACUAUGGAACGGGAGCUUGACAAGAUCAAUCUAGAAAUGGAGUUGUUGAAGUUGGAAAAAGAAAGCGCAGAUGUCACUCACAAAUUUUAUUUGAGUCAAAGGUUUACAUCAUUGCAGCAAUUCACCUCCCAUCUGCAAGAUGUGCUGAGAGAACAGGCAAGCCUGCGCCGAAGACUGAUGAAACCACUGUGUCAGACUAACCUGCCCGUAGAGGCAGAUCUUCACAGAUAUGUGGUGGAGGUCAUGAGGAUGGUGGUGGACUUCAUUGAGAACUUGGAGGCAAAGAUAAGCACUGUUCGUUCUAUUCCCACCAUUGAUGAUUCCAUGAGCCAUCUGAACAAUGGCAUAGCUCAGCUCCUAGCCCAGGUGACAGAGGUGGAAAGACUCUCCAAACAGAUUCUACAGUGGAGAAGUCAAAACAGCAGCACUUCCAUCAAUGACAUCACUACCUGAGAGCAAUGUGAGUCCCAAUUCUCCACCUUUUUCCUGAAGUGUGCACUUGCCUGUCAUGGAUUCAACAAGGGUGGAAACUCCCUACAGCCAAUGUUUACACGAAUUCACUGCUUUCAAAUCCAUUAUUAUAAAUUGUAGUGUGCAAGUAAACACUUUGGGAGAAGGGUGGAGAAUCGGGACGCAACCCAAGUCAAACCGUUCAGAACCCUUCAAUGCACAUUUGUCAGUUAUACAUGACGAGUAUUAUGUGUUCUGAAAAUGUUUGACAAAUGUCUCAUUCAGAGAGAAUGGGUGUUGUGUUACUUUACAACAUUCCCCUUAAUGUGCUUUUUAAUAAUCUUUGUUCAUUUUGAUUCUAACUAAUGGUAUCUUUGUAAAUAAAUCUAUCUUGUUAAUA